UAUAUCUGAAGCACUAACUAGUUUGGUUUGGUUGUAUAUAACAUAUUUGUAUAAAAGGGCGGCCCGGUGCACAAACCAAGUUCACGCAAGGUCCGGGGAAGGGCCCCAAGGGGUGUUAUGUAGGCAACCUACCCUUCAAUGAGUGAUUCCACGGCUCGAACCCGUGACCUAUACGUCACAGCGAAAUAUUCUGCUUUUUUAAGAUGUAAAGAUGUAUCAUAAUUUGACUAUAUUCUUAGGUUGACUAUCAACCUACCACAACCCUGUUUUAUCCGGGAUUGGAAUCUGCAAGAUCAGGAAUUCAACAUACUUACAAAAAAAAGGAAGUGAAAAAGAUUAAGCCUUUUUUCCACUUUAUGAUACCCAACUUGGCACAAAUUUUUCUCAUUGGAUUUUACGAGGAGCGGGAAUUUGCCUUAUAUGUCUCUUCAAUAUCUAAAGAGCUUAAAGUCCCUGUCAGAUAUCUGAAGGAAGAUAAACCUCACGGGUCUGCUGGUGGCCUUUAUUAUUUCAGAAAUUUGAUCACGGAGGAACUUCCGUCUCACAUUUUUCUGCUAAACUGCGACGUGUGCUGCAAUUUUCCACUGCCAGAGAUGCUUGUUGCCCAUAGAAGAUAUGGUGGAAUGGGUACAUUGCUAGUUAUCAAGGUUUCGGCUGAAUCAGCCAACCAGUUUGGAGAGUUGGUUGCGGAUCCUGUUACUAAAGAAUUGUUGCAUUACACAGAGAAACCUGAGACAUUUGUAAGUGAUCUGAUAAAUUGCGGGGUUUAUGUCUUUACCCCAGAAAUAUUUAGUGCCAUCCAGGACGUGUCCUUAAAUAGAGAAGAUAGAGCUACCCUGCCUCAUUUUUCCAGCUUUGAAGCUCUCCAGCUUGCGACAAGGUCCCUUCCAACAGAUUUUGUUAGGUUGGAUCAGGACAUUUUAUCACCUCUUGCUGGAAAGAAGAAACUGUACACAUAUGAGACCAUGGACUUCUGGGAACAGAUCAAGACUCCAGCGAUGUCUUUAAAAUGUUCUGCUUUGUAUCUCGCGCAAUUCCAGUAUACCACUGCCCAUCUACUUGCUAGCAGAGAUGGCACCAAGAAUGCCACAAUUGUUGGGGAUGUUUACAUUCAUCCAUCAGCCAAAGUACACUCAACUGCAAAGAUUGGUCCGAAUGUUUCAAUAUCAGCAAAUGUUCGAGUAGCUGCUGGUGCAAGACUUAUCAGCUGCAUCAUUUUAGAUGACGUAGAAAUCAAGGAAAAUGCAGUUGUCAUGCAUGCUAUAGUGGGAUGGAAAUCAUCCAUUGGGAAAUGGUCUCGUGUACAGGUAAUUCAGAAAAUUGGGGAAGAGUCUAGUAUCCAGGUUAUAUCACUGGAACUAACUCAUAGCUUUGACUUGUUCCCAAAGAUCAUUAGUUAGUUUUCGUCAACAAUCUUUUCUCCAUUAUCUGCUAAGUGGUCCUUAAAUACGCCUUUGUCACUUCCACAACAUUCUCAAUGCAAGACUUGCUGGACUAUCAGAAAAUCUCUCAUUCUUUCUGGCGAUCCAAUCAUUUUGUUGGUCAAAUAUGCAGAUAACUAUUUCAAUAGGGUCAACCUCCUAUUAGUGUAUGUUACUAUAACCACAUGUUCUCUUUGUUUAGUGUCAUCUCUUAGUGUGCAUUUGUGCUAUUGGAAUUGCUAGGAAGAUGCAGCUUCUUUAUAUUAUUGCCUAAGCUGGCAACUUUUAUAAGUCA